AGGAGCUACAUUAAUGUGCGUUAAUGUGUGCUGCAAGCGAUUACGCAUUUGUACAGUCCGAGCCGGCCCGUGCAACAACGGCUGAUGUACAUACAAGUGUGCUACAUGAGUGCAAGAGAGAGAUAAUGUUAUUCAUAUGUGAUCUCGUUGUGCAGGCUUUGGAUGGUUUGUGCAAAUUCUUCCGUUUUCGGACGAUAACACAGUGACAGUAGAAUGUGUGGGAGCAGUUUAGAUUGAAAGAGCAAAGUAGCGCCUGAACAUGAAUCGUGCGAAGUCUUGCCAGCCAUCAGCACUGUGUUCGAAAGUGGUAUUUCGCAUAAUGUUGUUCUUUCGUGUUUUGCAUUUAGUGUAGGUUUGUUAGGUUAAGUUGGAUUCGCGUGGCUUGCACGGACCGAAACCGCGUCCUGCUUAGUGUAGAAGUGCUGUGUUAUCGGACUUAGGAAAACAGGUGAAUUUUCACCAUGUCCCAGCCAGUUACGACAGCCAUGGACAGCUUAACAGCUGCUCUAAAAAGCAACAUUAUUCCAAAUCAGGAGUAUCUUUUGCAAGGAAGUGUACUGGAUUCUGCAGUUGAGGUGUUGCUGCAUCGCUUGCGUGGCUUAUGUGAUAAUGUGGACUCUGGUCCAGAGACAUUCCAUGAUCAUGAGAUGUGCUUCAGCAUUCGUGGAACUAACCUACAGCCAUUACUCUUGCGUGUAAGACGUGCUCUUGAUUAUCAAGAUAUGCCAUGGCAACUAAGAUAUAUUGGACAGCCAGAAAUUGGUGACAAGAACCGACCUACUAUAGUUCGUAGCAGCAUAGACAUUGGGACCAGUUCAACUGUAGUUGAAUUCCUCACCGAAUUGGGGUGCAGAAUGGAUUUUGAAUAUAUUGUGAGGGGUUACAUGUUCCGUAAGGGACGCAUGAAGAUUACGGUUUCAAAAAUAUUCAAGGUGGGACAAGUGGCACAGGGGAAGCCUGCAGAGAGUAUGGAGCCAAUGUCACAGUCAUAUUUGGUGGAACUGAGUGUGUUAGCCCCCAGUGGCCAGGAUGCCAUUGCUGAGGACAUGCGCAGUUUCGCUGAACAGCUUCGCCCUCUGGUGCAGCUUGAGAAGGUUGACUAUAAGAGGCUACAGCACAUGCCUUAAAGACGCUACUUGAUUGUAUGAGAUUCAGAUUCUUCCAGCCGUGAAUAUUAAGAUUAUGGUGGAACCUGCUGCCUCCAUCUUCAUGGUAGAAGUGGGCAAAGUGGGAUAAUUUUCAUGUAACAUAGGGAAGCCAUCAGACUGUUUAUGGCUCUGUCCCUAACUUCCCUUCCCAAUGUUAUGUCCACAUUUCUCCGCUUGGCUGUUUGUCUGCCCUGAAGAUGACAGCAGUAGGUUCUUACAAAACUUGGUUUGUAUCUACAAGACUAUACGGCAUCAUUUCCUAGAUCAUAAUGUUAACUCUUGAUUGUGUUUAUAUUACACUUCUCACUGGACAACUUUUUAACACAAUUUUUAUGGAAGUAAUGAAGACUGCAAGAAAAGUUCUUAAGUUUUGACAAUACAUACCUGUGUAGUUGAUACAGUACCAUUAAACUGUUAAAACCA